AUGGCUGGAAUAGCAGCUCGGCCAGUUUUCUCCGCUGCUGCUUCGCCUCUACCAUGAAACAAUUCCCCAUUUACCAAGUGUUUUUUUGUGCCAUUCACUUGGUGGACUCCGACCAAGUGUGUCAUGUCUGAUGGCUACUCACCACCAAGGGAAGGACAGCGAUUUGCGAGAAUUGUCCACCUCUGAGGAGAAAGUAGUGGCAGCAGGCAGACCAACCAAGAGAGUUUUGUUGAUUACACUGAGAUGAAGUUCGACCCGGACUUGCUGACUGGUGUUUAUUGUGUAAUGUGUUUAGAUAGCAUAGUGGUGCGGGUUGUUUGGGUACUCGUGGUGCUUUCUCCGCGGCCACAAACCAAGACGCAUUGCACUACAUGUGUUGUUUCCCUCGACACUCGUUCCUCCAUUCAUGCCUCUUAACACAGCAUCACCACACACAAAACCUUCUUCCGACCAAUCACUCAAUUAAUAGAUUACUUACGAUAUCGUAGUAACUGUGUAAAUCGUAAAGUUUGGCAUUCUUGCACAUGUGCUCACGUAAGACGUACCUGCAUACAAGCAAAAGUCUAGCGCCCUGGUCUCGCAGAGUAAAACUGCUCCUGAACUUUCCUCGUUAAACAAAGGGUUUUAUGAGGUGAAAGCACAUAUGUAUUUUUAAGAAGCCAUCAGGGCGUGAUAUCUUCAUGUGAUGUAGUAGAUUGACAUAUGAACUCCUUUUUUCUUCAUAAAAAGGAAAGGUGUAUAAAUCCCAGGAAAAGCAACAGUGGUUGAGCGAGGAAUAUAAAUGUCGCUUGUGUGUCCAGUGGCAGGAAAUCUAUAAUCCAUUGUGGAAACAAGGAGGGAGUGAUUUCUCUCCUCAACGUCUGAUCACGACACAAAUCCUUUCAAUAAAAGUGUUGUAGCCUAGCCAAUCAAUCCAUAUCCAUGUGAGUGAGCCGGAUCAGGACACCACCACCACGAUCGCCCGAGGUGUGGGUGGGAGCAAAAUUGUGAUGAAGAGGAUGGACAUCGAAUCAGGAGGUAGCCGGAGGAACACUUUGUAUGAUACUGAUGACGAGGAGAAAGCAUUUUUGAAAAAAUCAGCUUCAGUCCUUACUCGCCGACUUCAUCGACCACGUCGAAGUUUGGCAGCAUUCAGUGAGCUCAGUUUGAGUCGAUCCUCGUUCCGAUUGGAACAGGAGGAUGACAGAGUUCGUGUGGAGUAUUAUGUAAAUGAAAACACGCUGAAAGAACGACUUCACUUUUACUUCUUUAAAAACCAACGCUCUUCUCUGCGAAUUCGUGUGGCAAGAUUCAGUCUGAAACUUCUCACAUGCCUUUUGUACAUCAUCCGAGUGGUUUUAGAUAAGGACCCAACCAACGCGGCAUGCUAUGGAUGCACGCCGUCAAAUAAAACGCAGUACCUCAUGGCCUUGGAUAAGACGGAGGAAGAAUUUCUGGAAGAUCCAAUCAUAAAUUGGGACGCCAUAUCUUGGGUUGACAGACCACUGGAGUUGUGGAUUAUCCAUGUCGUCUUGGCCCUAAUCAGCUUCAUUGAAACAAUAUUACUUCUUUAUCUGAAUUACAAGGGCAAUGUUUGCCAGCAACUCUUGACUCGUCGUUUUGGACUUGAGCUCCUCGCCACAGUCCCCUUCAUCAUCACGAUAUUUCAUCCACCCCUGCGAAAUCUCUUUGUUCCCGUAUUUCUUAAUUGCUGGCUGGCGAAGUACGCCCUCGAGAACAUGUUCCACGAUUUAAAUCGAGUCAUGCAAAGAAGUCAAAGUGCUUUAUCACACCAGUUGACAAUUCUGAUGGCCACUCUCCUAUGCCUCGUGUUUACCAGCGUUUGCGGAGUGCAGCAUUUUCAAAGAGCUGGACAUCGGAGACUGAACUUAUUCCAAUCGAGUUAUUUCGUCGUGGUGACUUUCUCCACAGUCGGAUAUGGAGACUUUGUUCCGGAUAUUUGGCCUUCUCAAUUGUUUAUGGUUGCGAUGAUAUGCAUCGCACUGAUAGUGCUUCCUACGCAAUUCGAACAAUUGGCGUUCACAUGGAUGGAAAGACAAAAAUUGGGUGGCUCGUACUCGUCGCAUCGUGCGCAGCACGAGCGGCACGUCGUUGUCUGCUCCACAACCCUUCUCGCGGAUACCAUCAUCGACUUCCUCAACGAGUUCUAUGCACAUCCCCUUCUCCAGGAUUAUUUCGUGGUGCUGCUAUCACCAAUGGAGCUCGAUCCCACAAUGAGAAUGAUACUCCAAGUUCCGAUGUGGGCUCAACGUGUGAUAUACAUUCAAGGCUCUUGCUUAAAAGAUGCAGAUUUGACUAGAACCCGUAUGGGUGAGGCUGAGGCUUGUUUUAUUCUGGCUGCAAGAAAUUAUCAAGACAAAACCGCAGCAGAUGAACACACCAUAUUAAGGUCUUGGGCAGUGAGAGAUUUUGCACCUGCUGUCCCCCAAUACGUGCAGAUCCUCAGACCAGAAAAUAAACUGCACGUCCGAUUCGCUGAGCACAUCGUGUGUGAAGAUGAAUUUAAAUACGCUCUCCUCUCAAAUAAUUGCUUGUUUCCUGGGACCUCUACUCUCGUGACCCUUCUUCUCCACACCUCACGUGGCCAGGAAGGGCAGACCUCGAAGGAGCAGUGGCACAGAUUGUAUGGGAAGUGUUCUGGAAACGAGAUAUAUCACAUUAGACUUGGAGACUCGCGAAUUUUUGGAGAAUACGAAGGAAAAAGCUUCACCUACGCAUCCUUCCAUGCUCAUAGAAAAUAUGGCGUAUCUUUGGUUGGUGUGAGACCCUCUCAGCUUCCUGAGUUUUAUGAGGACACAAUUCUCCUAAAUCCAGGUCCUCGACAUAUAAUGAGGAAGUCUGAUUUAUGCUUUUACCUAAGUAUUACCAAAGAAGAAAAUUCUGCCUUUUUAACCGGAAACAAUGCUCCUCCGCCCGUUCCUAACCAAAAUCCCGAUAGUCCCGAUAAUACGAGAACUAAUGGCGAUGACGAUGAUAUUAAUCAAGAUGACCCUACUUCUCCAACCGAAGCGAGGUCAAUUGAUAAUCAGAAUCACGGGGAUAGUCAACAAGCAAUGCCAAAUUUUCUUGUUACUUCGGAGGGCAUUCAACUUCAAACGAUUCAAAUCAGCGUGGACCAUAUUAGUGAAGAGGAGAGGAGAAAGUCUAUCAGCCCGUGUCCCAGUCCUGGACCAAAUUCCAACUUCAACCUUCUCACUCUUCCCACAAACGUGGAUCAAAGAUCCAAUUGCAGACGAGUUUCUAUUCUUCCGGUGCCCGACAGGCUGCCUGACAAUUACGAAACACCAAAGGAAGGGAGCACUACAGAGCUUGAGAUUGAACCGACUAGCAACGCAGGAGCUGAUGGUGGGGCGACCAGUGACGAAGGAGACGACGACGUUCCUUGGAUCGGUCCUACAGAGAAAAUGCCGCAGUUUGUGAAAGGCUUCCCACCGGUGUCCCCAUACAUCGGAGUUACACCCACAUUGUGCUACCUACUCAAGGAGAAGAAACCACUCUGCUGUUUACAGCUGGCUCAGGCUUGUGAACAUUGUCCCAACCGAACAGCUUACGACUACAAAUGGAGAAACAAGACUAUUAUUCUGGCCGCUGAUUAUGCGUCGACAGCGAUUUACAAUUUUAUCGUACCUCUGAGAGCGCAUUUUAGACCUAAGGCGAAGCUAAAUCCAAUUAUACUGCUGUUGGAGAGAAGACCGGAUUCUGCAUUCUUAGACACAAUUUCCUAUUUUCCCAUGAUCUACUGGUUUGGAGGCAGUAUUGACUGUCUUGAUGAUCUUCUCAGAGCUGGCAUUACUCUAGCCGAAAGCGUCGUAGUUGUGAACAAGGAGCUAUCAAAUUCUGCAGAGGAAGACUCGCUAAGUGAUUGCAAUACCAUUUGUGCAGUGCAAACAAUGUUCCGAUUCUUUCCCCAUAUUAAAAUCGUGACGGAACUGUCCACCUCAAGUAAUAUGAGAUUCAUGCAGUUUAGAGCACACGAUACCUAUUCGCUGCAUCUUAGCAGGAUGGAGAAGAGGGAGAAGGAGCGUGGGUCUCACAUUUCAUACAUGUUUCGUCUUCCAUUUGCUGCUGGAAGCGUGUUUUCGGCAUCCAUGCUGGACACUCUAUUGUACCAAGCGUUCGUUAAAGAGUAUUUAAUAACUUUUGUUCGCCUCUUGUUGGGGAUCGAUCAGGCUCCAGGAUCUGGUUUUUUGACAUCCACGCAGAUAACAAAAGAUGAUUUGUGGAUUCGUACCUACGGUCGUCUAUAUCAAAAAUUGUGCUCAACCACUUGCGAAGUUCCACUUGGAAUUUAUCGCACUCAGGAUUCGCAGACAGAGACGGAAGAAGACUACUACGAGGAAGGUGUUGGAGGAGGGACGGAUACACCGUUUUCCACAGAAAGCUCAUGCAUACAAAAGGACAUCUCGGGUCCCGGGGAUACCUCUUCAGCUGAUGACAAGACUACUAAUUAUCGGCGAUGUCUUCGAGGGGCUUGUGGAUCAUCGGAGAGCUCCUUCACGUCGGCUGCCCUUACAGUCAAUGAUGAGACGAGAGAUUCCGACUCUCACGCCCAGCUCAUCGAACGAGCUGAGAUUGCAAACCUCGUUAGAAGUCGUAUGCAAAGUCUUGGAUUACCGUGCAACGAAUCUGAUUUACAGUUCUCAGAAAAACGAAAUUCAUUAUCUUACGUAGUGAUAAACCCAUCUUGUGAUCUCAGAUUGAAAGAAGGUGAUGUUAUUUAUCUAAUUCGCCCGAGUCCUUUCUCUGCAACAAAGACAUUCGAGAGACACAAUUCUAGGAGAAAGUCUACACUAAAUCCUUCGGCGACAAAUGCGGGCGGUGUGAGAUCAAAUACUGAGGACCUGCAUAAAGCAGCUCUAACACUUUUUCAAGACACAAAAGGAACUGGGACAAGUUCUUCUUCUGGACCUCCAAGUACAUCGAGGAGAAGAUCAUCCUCCGAUUCUCCUCGGCUUCGAGCAAAUUCCUUAAGAGUGUGUCCAUCAGAUGAUAUUCUUCUCAGAAGGUCAAAUUCCCUCCGACAAGGUUUGGGGCAUAGAAGGUUGCACGAUGAAAUUGGACUUCCUAGUGUCACUAAAUCUGCAUGUCCCGUACAAAGAACAUCUAGCUUGGGGUUAGGAGGAGCAAUUAAUGUGGAAGUAACGCCACCCUCAGAUAAUGAAUCUGACCCUCCAAAAACAUCUGCAAAAAGCUCUUCUUUGCAAGGGACCAUUGUGUAGAUUACAUUAUUAUAUACCUAAUAUCUGCGUUAUGUUUGUUGCGUUAAUUUAUGAGAAUUCCUUGCAGUUAUUAUUCAGGAAACUGUGGAUCAAUUUCUUGAGAGAGACAUUAUUAAUACAUAGUAAAUGUAAAUGUUACUGUAAAAUAUUCGGUUCAAGUUUGCCAAAGUCUAAAAAUAACGAAAUUUCAGUCAUAUUACGUUUCUUGGCAAAAUUUGCAUAAAAAGAUAUCCCCUCAUCGAUAAGUACAGAAUAUUUAUUACAUAAUAAAAGGGCCAACAACUUUUAAAUUUAUUUUAGUCUGAAAAUUAAAUGGUUUAAAAAUUGCAUACCGUAAACACAUGGAUUUACAUAUGUGGGUUGUUUUUAGUACAUAUUUACAACAAAACGUAACGAUAAUAUGAAAAUAUCUUGAGCUACAUAAAAUCUCCAUUGAAGGUGCUGGCUGCUUCUGAAAUUGGAGUGAUACUUUUUAACCCUUUCUGUGACCUUCCUCACCAUCACCACCCAUCCCAAAUCAAUAAGUCACUCGUACUACUUACAUAAAAAACUUUAUUGUGAUCUUAUAAAAUAUUCCGUUAAAUUUUGACUGUCAAAAAGACUAGGACUGUCAAAACUUUGGCCUUUUUUACCUUUAACUACUUAAAUAUCACUCAUUUAAACUUAUAUGUAAAGCGUUAAAUAUCAUAAUUUAUUAUAUAAAUAUGUAUCUAUCUAUCUGGGAUUCGUAUAUGGGCUUGGAGAGGAUUGGAUUAUACCAAAUCUGUGAGAUCGUUUUUCUACGUGUGAUUUUCUUUAAUAUUUAUAUGUACACGCAUACAUUAUACAUAAAUGGACAUUAGACAUGUAGAUUAACUUGGUGACAACAACACUAUUAAAAGACAAUUCAACAUUUUACUAUCAGUAAAUAUAAAUAUAUUAUUAUUAAUUGUGGAACAUUAUAUGGUACGGUCUUAUUAAGUAGUUUACAUUAGUCAAGUAACUAUUUAUAAUGAUUAUAAAUAUCAGCCAAAAUUGAAAUGAGCAUUAAUUACGUAAUGGAGGAAAUUACAUUUAUCAUCGCGAAUCAUCUCUUCUUCCUAUUUAUAAUUAUUAAUAUUAAGCAAGUAUCCACAUCCUCCUGGCUCAACCUUCACAUAUGCAUACAUAUAUUCCAUACAUAGUUGAUAUAAAAAUGACAAGCAAAUGUUACAAUUCGCACAAAUAACGUUAUUAUGUAAUAUUCUAGUAAUGUAGGACAUUGUAUUAUUGUUGGAUCAGUAAUAGCUGGAUCAACUCCAUUCUUGUAUUCCUUGACCAAGUAACCGUUGGAUAAUGCAUGGAUGGAUUAUCGGAACCAGAUAAACUGUGUACAAUCCAUCACCAACAAUACGUAUUGUUAUAAAACGUGUAUACAACAUGAGAGUAAAACGAAAUUUAUAACUUCCCGAGA